AUGAAUUCUCCAAAACGUUGUUCAUUUCGUUAUGAAAUCGAGAAAUACUCGAGAUCAUAUACCACCGCGUCCACUACCCUGUCCCAAUCACCACAAUGGACUAACAUAUCACAACCGGAUAUAGUUGUAUCUUUAGAAAAUAUGUUUCCAGCAGGAGUAAUAGCCGCAGGAGCGGAAGAACCCGUCUUGAAAGUCACUGUCGGUGGAAACACGCUGUUAGAGUGUUUAAAUGUGUCUUAUCGACACACUGAUUCCACCAAGGCCAAAGCAUUAUUAAAAAGUCCUACCAUUGGAAUAAAAUAUGUUUAUACAGUUGAUAAUCAAAACGGAAUGAUAUCUCAUGAAGCUCGUAAGUUCCAAUUGAAAUUUAAAACCGUCGACGAUUUUGAAUCUUGUGCUAGAAUCAUUGGAAGAUACAUCAGUUGCAAAUCCAUCCCAGGGAAUGAAUCAGUUGCUACUUCGGAAAUGAUCACGCAGGUCAUGUCAAGCCAGGGAAAUGGUUUAGAUUCAAAUAAUGGCGAAAGUAACAACGAUAUAAUGCAACGUUCGCAUCAAAAUAAUAGUUUACAACAAUAUAAUAAGCUUCCUUCCGUUUCGUCUGAGGAAUUCCAUGAGACCCGUCCCCAAAAUGGAAACCCUCAACUUGAAAAAUCACAGGCGGUUCUGAUUCAGCAAAACAACUUCACCAAAGUUUUAAGCAACCAAACCAACAAUUUGAUUGAUAGUGAUUGCAUCAAUUCUAAUCUCAAUUCCAACGUUAACGUUGAUGCAUCCCAAAGUAGACUCGAGUCGCAGAAUAUUCCAAAAACUAGAAUUUCAACGUAUUCUGCUGACGCGACUGGGUCGGAAUUCAGAUCAUAUCAUGAUGAUUACUCUCCAUCAACACGUGUAAAUAAUAAAGGAAAUUCCAUGAAUGAAAGGAAUAUCAUUUCGUCUCCUCAACAUGAAAAUACGUUGGAAAGAUACAAAGAACUAUCUCACCCAGCACCAAAAAGUGUCACGCUUCAACCACAUCUGCCGCAACGGCAACAGAUCGAAUUUGAUGCAAGAGAUCAGGCACAACAGAAAGAAUCCAUGAGUACAUUUCAAGUGCCAUUGACAAAUAAUCGGGGAAGUCCUAAUACACCAUCACAGAUUCCAUUACAAACGCCACCAAUAAAUAGUCAGAGAUAUCCGAAUACUCCAUCGCAACCAUCUUUUCAAGGGUCGUCUCUUUCUGAUUCUUUCUCGGAAAAAAGUCCACAUCAAUCUUUUACUGAAAAUUCGUUUAUUUCUCCCCAAGUUUCUCGGGAAUCAUAUGUCAACAAUAUGUCGCAAACGCGAUUGCCAUUGCACUCGAUGGACUCGAAUACUUUGCAAAUAAAUCAGAAAGUACACUCGGAUAGCACACAAAAAACACACCCUUACAACUUACAGGGAACUAUAUUGAGUAAUAAAAAUUUGUUGGUUGCGUCAGGAAAAGAGAACUCUCGAGAUUCUUAUGUACAGUACACUCAUACAGAUGUUAAUCAGAAUCAUCAAUCGUUGCCUCACCAUCAAAACAAUCAAAUUCUUCGUUCUCGUGCCGGAACUUCGGAGUCUACAUAUAAUCCUAAUAUCUCAAUACAGAAUCAAAACAGUCAAAUUGCAUCACGUACGGCAAACAUUAUCCACACAAAUAUUCGAAAAGAUGAUAGAAUUUCGGAUGGUACAAGUUUAAGCAUCAAGCAAGAAUUGCUUGAUCAUAUAACAUUUGUAGAUUUCCCAGAUGCACGACAAAUUGACUUAACAUUGGAUGAUGAGAAAUUUGAUUUUGACCUUCAACUACAAUGUCCUGAACGGCAAGAAUCACGACAUCAACAAAACACAAUAAGCUUACAGUCUCCUGCUUAUUCAAAUAAUGGGUCCAGUUCCCUGACACCUUCGCAUCAUUUACAGCCCUUGCCUUCUCUUCGAUCACAAUCUUUUCAAGCACUCGAUCGAGUCAAUGCUCCACGAGCAACAAACUUAAGUCCAAAAAAUAAAUUUGCUCCAUCAGACAGUCCACAAAAUUCAAUGCGAAUCAAGCCAUCAUUUAAUAACGCCUCUCGUCUGAACAAGAGCCUCUUACUUCCUAAUGAUGAUGAUGAACUUCAGGAAUGGAUAUUCAAUGUACUGGAAGAUCCUGAGUUUUCUCAAUUUGUAACAAAAGUGGAAAAGUUAUGGAAGGCUAGGUUUUUGAAUGACGCAUAA